AUGUCUGAUCCCGAGCCCUCUGUGACGACCUUCUCCUCGUCCCCGCCGUUGUCCACGCAGACAUCCGAAUCUGCGGCUGCCCUUAAUUACGCAUUUUUGGUGCACUCCCAAAAAACCCUCACCCAGAACCUCCCGCCGCGGGUGGACAACAAAUUGCUGGCACGGCAGAAACGUCGUCGGACAAGCCCGGAAGACCAUGCCGUUCUUGAAGCCGAGUAUCAACGCAACCCAAAGCCAGAUAAGACGGCUCGUGCCAAUAUCGUCAGUCGUGUUACGUUGGGGGAAAAGGAAGUCCAAAUCUGGUUCCAAAAUCGCCGCCAGAAUGACCGUCGGAAGUCCAAACCUCUGCAGCCCCACGAACUACUUGCCCCGCGGGUUGGUGCGGACGCGUUGAAGCAGACUUCUAGUGAUGACAACGGGCCGUCGGAGCCUGGGUCAUCCAGCGGGAACGAGCAAAACGAUGACUCCAUUGUCGACCAUAAUCCAGGGAUCCAGUGUUCGGACAAUGGCUCUUUAGGGUCAGAUGGGGCGCACGCGGAUAGGCACGAGGGAGAACAGCCGCUAUUGAGCUCCCAAACGAGCCUGGCGACAACAACAGAGAUACAUGGGGAUUCCAAACAAACCACCAGUGAAGCUCCAGCAGUGCCGGAAGCGCCGCAGUCACAAGACAGCUCGCAGCAAGACGAACUACAGCCACAUUCUGCGAAGCGGAAACGGUCCGCCACAAACCUUCGGGAAGAGAUGCUAUCAGGACCAGUCAUGUCAACACCGGAUGGGGCGCAGCAUGUGAAAUCGCCUCCAUCCUUGCGGAUAUCCAUGUCAUUCGAUGGAGAGGCCAUGGUGCGGAAGGAGGGAGAAUUGACGCCGUCACCUCCUAAAGGGCGAAAUGCACUCCGCAUCGCUAUGUCCUCGGACGGAAAGGCCGUGAUUCGGGCGGAUGGCGAGCCGUCCCCAUCGAAAAACCGCAUUUCGAUGUUCUCGUCGCGGAAGCCUCGUUUUGCAGGGCUCCGAAGGAGCAACAGUGCCGUGGUCCUAGGGACGCCCCGAUCGGCUCCGGAAAAAGAGCGGCCCUUUGGCAGAUCGCGGGACCCCCGGAACUGGGAAUCAUUCGUUGAUACAGAUGCACGAAGCGCCCUGUCAACCCCAUCUGGUUCUCAGAGUACGCCGAAUACUGGCUCUCCUGGCCUUUUCCGGUCUGGUAGCCAGCGUUCAUUGACCCGAAGCUUCUCAGGGAGACAGAACAACUCAUACGCCUCGGAAUACCUCAAUACCCCGGUUCCGCAGGAGGCAAGGGAGAAGCGGCGGAAGAUCUCGCGCACCGUCUCAUCUCUGGGCCGACUGGAAACUGGUCGGAACGCGCUGCACGAGAACCCUACACCCUAUUCAGUGAGAGCCUCAAAGAUCCUUGGAAAUAUCUCGAAAGACGAUGAAGACCUGGAAUUCCAUGGCGACUCCGACAAGGAGAACUGGGUUCCUGGAACCCGGAUGUCUCAUAUCCGUCGGCAGGGUUCGAACAAACAGACCCAACGCCCGGCCCUCCGGGAAGCGAACGGACGGGAGAACAAAUUCAACAAAAGCUUGACGUCAGGAAAACGCUCUCGUCUUUCCCAAGCAUCCCAGCGCAAACUGAACCUCAACCAGGGGAAGGACGUCCCUGGCGUGGACCCCGACGUAUCUGCCUUCAUGGCUGGCGGGGGCAGCGCGAGCCAGGACGAAGACCUCGAUUGCAUCCAAGGGCUAUUAUCACUCAGCCAAGGCGCAUGGCGAUGAGAUACGAGGUCUCCCAAGUUCCUCUUCAAGAUGGUGCAUUUCCUAUGUUCGUUGGUUUCUUUUGUCUCAUAUCCCUUUCUUUUGUCACUUUGUUGGAAAUUCGCACGCAAGCAAGCAAGCGGUGUUGCGUGUAUGACAUGUGAGUGAUGCUCAUCUUAUGAUGAUUCAACUUUUCUGUAUCCUACCAGCCGGUCGAGCUCUUGUGUGUAUCGAUGUAUACAUGGAUCCCACGUGCCCUUGUGCUGGCUAUCAUGUUGAUGAUAAAACUAUGUCUAGAGAGCUAGUGGCAUACAUACCUAGACACCCUGGAAGACUCCG